AUGACAUUUGCGGACAGUUGUGCUUUGUUAUCGUGCCGAUUUAUUUCUCGUUUUAUUAGAAGAAAAAAAUUCUUGUGUAUUAAUACUUGCAGAUUUCAUAUGGAUAAUAAGCAUGAAGCAAAGUCUGCUAUGGAAAUAGUGAACGUACCACCCAUCAUAUCAACAUACCGACAUGCUUUACGUACUUUCGAUGACAAGUUCAAAAAUGAUUUCAGCACCAACUUGAACAAAUUAAAAUCUAUGAUGGAUACAUUAAAGGCAGACGAUUUCGGCUUCGACAAUACUUUCAAAGAUCCAGCUACGUGGCGUCGACCCAACAAGGCUCCCUGCACAUACAUUGAGGUGUUCCAAAACAGUAAAGUUAAUAUGAGUAUAUUCAUAUUAAGACCCGGUUUUAAGAUGCCCUUACACGACCAUCCACAUAUGCACGGACUGUUAAAAGUUAUAUCAGGAGCUGUACGAAUAAGAAGUUUUUCAGAAUUCCCAUUAAAGGAAGUAGUAAGUCAAGUUGAUUUUAAAGUUCGUGCUAAACAUGAAGCGGCGCGGCUCGCCCAAGGUCUGCACAAACGUAGAAGAUUAUUUGCGCAAAUAUCCCAGGAUCAUGUGUGCACAGACAAUUCUCAAACAUGCAUUUUAACCCCAACUGUAUCAAAUUACCAUGAAAUUGAAGCUUUACAUGAACCAGUGGCUUUUUUCGACAUUUUAGCGCCACCGUACGAUACAUUUGUAGAAGGAAUUGGUCCAAGAAGAUGUAGAUAUUAUUAUGUAGCUAAUGAAAUAAGUUCGAGUCUAGUGGAGCUACAAGAAACAACAGUGCCAGAGUGUUUUUAUUGUGAUCAAGCGCCUUAUCUAGGGCCAAAUCUUUCAUAGGUAAUAAUUAAUAUAUUUAUGCUGGGAUACAAUCCCAGAGUUACCAAGAGGCGAUGAGAACUUGUCUAUAUUUAAACGUCUAGUUCAAAUGUUUUUGUGCCUUUAAUUUUAAUUAUGCACUAACUGCUGCCUUGUUGAAUGGCAAGGUUUAUAAAGUGGGUUUAGUGUUAGUUGAAGUUUCAAUACAUUUAUAAGUUACCUGUUAAUAUAGUGUAGGCGAUAUGGGAGCACACCAAAUCACAUUUGUAGGCUUUUUUUUGACAACGGCAGCUUUAGAUGAUACAUUGAUAAGUCAAUUUGUUAUUCAAGCCUUAAUUGACAAAUGCUCAGUUUUAUUGAUCCCAAAAUUAGAUAAUUUAACAUCAAAAAUUAUAUUUGAAUUUGUACUUACUUACUUACUUACUAGAGUGCCGCAGGGACCCAAAGUGAGUCUUGGCCUCCGACAAUAAGAGCCUCCAUUUGACUCUAUCCUGCGCCAUCUCUUGCCAGUUUUCAAUCUGGAGGGUGCGCAGGUCCUUGGCGAUUUCGUCUUUCCAGCAGUAUUUGAAUUUGUGGUAGAAAAUAAUUAUUGGACAAUAGUAACUGAGUAUGAACCUAUUUUCUAUGUAUACAAUUUAUUUAAUAAAUAUUAGACUGAAUAAUUAAUUACAAUUUUUAUUAAUAAUUUUGACGAAACAUCCAAAAAUAUGAAUAUUAUGAGAUGUUUA